AUGAUCAAUCUUAUAGAACAAUAAAUCGACAAACAACCACUUCUCUAAAAUGUUUAUAAACUGAAGGACUUCUUUCUAAACCAUCUGAACUAAAAAUAGUAUUUAUUCCAUCAGGAGGAACCUCACUUCCUUUAGAGUAAAACACUAUUAGAUCUAUCCAAAAUUUCUCAUUUUGGAUUGAGAGUUGCAGCAUCUGCGGAAUAUCAUUAAGAGAAGCUGAAUUGUCAUUUACUAUUACAGAGAUAAUUAUUAAGAUUAUUUGUUCGAUAUUCAAAUGAUUAAGCGCUAAUCAAUGCUGACCAGAAUUUGAUUAACAUAAGAAACAUCAAUAAAAUGAUAGAAAUAAGCUUUGUGAAAUAUCCUAUGUUUCUAAAAUUGAACAUUUAUGUUAUGUUGUCAAAGCAAUAGAAAUCUUCAAAGAACUGA